AUGCUAGCCUGGAUCAUGCAUUUGCCGUGCCCUGUCUCGUCUCGCAUUUAUUGCACCAUCGAAACUCUCGACAAUUGCCGAGACACUGCUGAGAAACCACAACUUUGGCGAGUCCCGUUUAUCCAUAACAAGGACCUCUCUCCACUCGCGCGGCCUGUUGUCCCGCAACCAAAAAAGUCCACAACAAUAUCCAUCUCAGCUUCUUCCUCCAGCAUAUUCACCCACGCUCUGGUUGCAGCCCGCCGAAAAUCUUCCAAAAUGGCGGCCGACAUGGAUCAGAUCGCCCAGCUGCUUAAUGCUACCCUCGAUCCUUACCAACACAGAAAAGCUAACAAACAAACACCGCCAGCCGAAUUGGCCUUGAAGCAAGAAGCUUCAAAGCCCCAAUACUCGCUCGCCCUUCUCACCAUAGUCAGCAACGAUUCUGCCCCCGUCAACACGAGACUCGCCGCUGCCCUAGCCUUCAAAAAUUUCAUCCGCACAAACUAUGUCGACGAGGAAGGAAACUACAAAAUCUCGCAAUCCGAGGUCCAAACUAUCAAAGAGCGCCUUGUCGGCCUUAUGAUAGCAUGCCCUCCCAAUGUGCAAGCACAGCUUGGCGAAGCAGUUAGUGUCAUCGCCGACUCCGACUUUUGGAGGCGGUGGGAUACCCUCACACAGGAUCUCGUCAGCCGAUUCUCUGCUACCGACCCUAAGAUCAAUGUUGGCGUUCUUGAAGUAGCACACUCCAUUUUUAACAGAUGGCGUCCGCUAUCAAAGACCGAUGAGCUGUACAUUGAAAUCAACCAUGUCCUAGGAACCUUUGGCCAGCCACUCUUCCAGCUCCUUGUUACCACGGACAGCAAGAUCCAAGAACAUGCCAACGACAAGCAGGCUCUUCGCGGCUGGUUCGAGACACUCGAUCUCCAGAUCAAAAUCAUGUACGACCUUUCGAGCCACGAUCUACCUCCCAUUAUCGAAGACAAUCUUUCCAGCAUAGCCGAACUUCUUCACAAGUAUCUCACAUACACCAACCCGCUGCUCGACACCGACGACGAAUCCGAAGUCAGCAUUGCCGACAGCGUCAAGGCCAACAUCUGCGAGAUACUUGUGCUAUACACGUUCAAAUAUGACGACGCAUUCUCUCAAUACUGCCAGCCAUUCAUCACCAGCGCCUGGAACCUGCUUUCGGCUACCGGAACCGAGACAAAAUACGACGUCAUUGUCAGUAAAGCUCUGCAUUUCCUCACGGCUGUCACUGCUACUGCGCAAUACUCUGGCUUGUUCAACAGCGAGGAGGUCAUUACACAAAUCGUCGAAAAGGUCAUUUUGCCCAACGUAACCCUACGCGAAUCCGACGUCGAGCUGUUUGAAGACGAACCGAUCGAGUAUAUUCGUCGCGACUUGGAAGGUUCCGACAACGAUUCACGUAGGCGCUCCGCCACCGACUUUCUCCGCCAGCUGCAAGAGAAAUUUGAGAGUCUCGUCACCACGGCAGUCUCCAAGUACAUCAACCACUAUCUGAAUCUCGGAAAGACGGACUGGAAGGCUAAAGAUACUGCCAUCUACCUGUUUCUGUCUAUUGCCGCAAAGGGAGCCGUGACCGCUGCACAAGGCGUCAAGACAGUGAAUCCGUUGGUCAACAUUGUACAGUUUUUUGAGCAACAUAUUGCCUCGGAUCUUGUCGCCUCUGACGACUCAGAGCCAAUUCCUAAGGUCGAUGCUAUCAAGUUUCUCUACACAUUCCGCAGCCAGCUCAACAAAGAGCAAUGGAAGCAAGCCAUUGGCCCUCUUGUACGGAAUCUCAACUCUUCUAACUACGUCGUAUACACGUAUGCUGCCAUUGCUGUCGAGCGCGUGCUUUUCUUGACUGACGACAACGGCAACCACACAUUCAACCGCGAAGAUAUUGAGCCCCUUUCUAAGGAUUUACUGGAUCACCUCUUCAAACUCAUCGAGAAGGAUCCCAGCCCAGCGAAGCUCCAGGAAAACGAAUUCUUGAUGCGCUGCGUUAUGCGUAUUCUCAUCGUCAUCAAAGAUGGUGCAGCCCCAAUUCUCGACAACGCACUGACUCACCUCGUUGCCAUUACAAACAUCAUGAAGCAGAAUCCUAGUAACCCUCGCUUCUACUACUACCACUUCGAGGCCAUGGGUGCUCUGGUUCGAUACUGCGCUGCUAGCAAUGCACCAGCUCUCAAUGCCAAGCUUUGGGGCCCCUUUCAUGAGAUUCUUGCUGAAGACGUGACAGAGUUCAUGCCCUACAUUUUUCAGAUUCUCGCCCAGCUUCUUGAAUCAAGCCCGUCUGGGACCAUUUCAGACAACUACAAAGGUCUCUUGCAGCCACUGCUUGGAGCACCUCUUUGGGAGACAAGAGGCAACAUUCCCGCCUGCACAAGACUGCUGUCUGCCGUCAUCCCCAAAGCCUCUGCCGAUAUUGCGGCAAAUAAGCAGCUAGAGCCACUUUUAGGCAUCUUUCAAAAUCUCCUUAGUAGCAAGAAGUUCGAGCUAAAUGCUUUUGAUAUCAUGGAUGCCUCUGUCAAGGCGUUUGAGCCGGCUGUUCUCGAUCCCUACUUUGGCACUGUUCUGCAACUUAUCUACACCAAAUUGCAAGGUAACCCAGGUCAGGCUCUGAAGCUUCGCUUCGUCCGCUUCUUCCACCUUGUCAGCUCCCGUCUCGAGGCUGGUUACGGUACCGACUUUUUCAUCAAGCACUCUAAUAAGCUGGACGAAAAAGCAUUUGCGCAGGUCUACCCGCCAUUUGUGCUUGCUGAGACGGAAAAGCUCGCUCGACCAAUUGAUCGCAAAUUAGCCGUCAUUUCGCUAACUAAGACACUCUGCAACUCGACUGUCUUUGCGCAAAAGUUUCUGAAGGGAUGGGCCAACACCUGCCGUAUUUUACUGUCCCUGCUGGCCAACCCCCCCACUGUCGCAGCGGGCGGCGGUGACGAUCUUCUCGCCGAGCCAUCCGUCGACGACAUUGGCUUCGGCACCUCGUACACGCCACUCAACACUUGCAAGGCUCUGGCGCGAGAUGACUUCCCGGAGAUUCAGGACGUGCCUCAAUGGGUCAAGGGCUACAUGGUGAGUGCGAACCAGCGCCACAAUGGUGCCCUCCAGGGUUUCAUUUCGGAGCGUCUGCCCCCAGAGCAGCAGCAGGCGAUUGCGCAGUACCUUGCUUGA